AUGGGGACCCCAACCCCAUUGUCUUAUGGCGCACCGCGUCCUAGUACACGUCAACGCGCAUACAAUAAUCUGAAUCACACUUUAGAGAAUUGCGGAAUCCCAAAAUUUCAACCGAAAAAGAUGGGUUUUGGGCAGGCUGUGUUGUGUUUGGAUUAUGUGAUGUUAUUACGCACUUAUGAGCCGACUUGGGGAAAGGUUGAGAUGUGUGCAAAUAUUAUAAAACAGCAAUGGAUUAAACGUGGGGAUGUUGGAGCUUCUCAUUCUGGUCUAAAGCAGUUGAGAGUGAACUUGAAACGGUGUGGUCCGCCGUUACAGAAGUGGGUAGUUAAGGGGAGACAACAACAACUUAAUGCUGCUAACCAUUUGAAGCAUAAACUUGAUAAUCUUGUGGGAUGUGAAUCUCAUGCAAAUCAGGAAGAAAUUUCUCUCAUUCGACAUCAAAUAAGUUGUAUUCAAGAUGAGGAGGAGAAGAUCAUCAAGCAUCAGUGUAAACAACACUGGUUACAAGAUGGAGAUAAAAAUUCUAAAUUUUUUCAUUCAAGCAUGAAGCAGCGACAAUGUUCUAAUCAUAUAGACCAGGUCAUAAAUGAGGAUGACUGCUUAAGGGAGUCUGAUGAUGCUAUUCAUAAUGCUUUCCAUGAGUAUUAUACUCGGUUGUUUACUGCUGGUCCAACCCAACAUGAUUUAUCUUUUCUAAACCCACUAACGAAGGUUGUGGAUGCAGGUAUGAAUGAGUAUUUGUGUCGUAGGAUCACUAAGCAAGAAGUGUGGCAUGCUGUGCAAAGUAUUAGUUCACACAAAGCACCCGGGCCUGAUGGAUUCUCGGCUGGUUUCUAUCAUUCUCAUUGGGAUAUCAUUGGUGAUGAUGUCUUUGAGGCUGUGAUGGAUUUUUUGGAGACUGGUGUGAUGGAUCCUGAAAUCAAUAACACGCUUAUUGCUUUGAUACCUAAGAAGAAAGAUGCUGUUAGAGUUACAGAAUUUCGACCCAUAAGUUUAUGUAACGUCUCGUAUAAAAUCAUUUCGAAGGUCUUGGCUAUCAGAUUGGGGAAUCUCCUUCCUAAAAUUGUUCAAGGCAAUCAAUCAGCUUUUAUUAAAGGAAGGCUCAUAACUGAAAAUGUGAUAGUUGCCUAUGAGGCAUUGCACACUAUGAGUUUCUUGGCGAAAAGCAGGACUAAUUAUAUGGCAGUUAAGCUUGACAUGAGUAAGGCGUAUGACAGGGUGGAAUGGAAUUUUUUGAAGGAGGUUAUGGCAAGAUUGGGGUUUUCGGGCAAGUGGCAGUGGUGGAUCAUGAGGUGUAUUAACUCAGUUUCAUAUCGGAUUCUCAUCAAUGGAUCGACUACUGAUAUUAUUCAUCCCACGAGAGGCAUUAGACAAGGGGAUCCUCUUUCACCACUCCUCUUUGUUUUGUGUACAGAAGCUCUAAGUAGUAAUCUUCAAAGAGCACAUGAAGCAAAUAUGUUUCGAGGGGUACCAUUUGGAAGGGGUCGAAUUCGGGUCUCACACCUUCUCUUUGCCGAUGAUAGUCUGCUCUUUUGUCGUGUAAAGGGAGAGGAUUGGCCAUGUGUCCAUGAUAUCCUUUCAGCCUAUGGACAGAUUUCGGGACAGCUAAUAAACUUUGAUAAAACCAGCAUUUAUUUUAGCAGACAUACAACUUCUCAACAGCGAGUAAACAUGGUUUCUUUGAUUGGGGCAGUUGAGGCUAAGCAUUAUGAUCGAUAUCUGGGUUUACCGGCAGUGGUGGGCAGAUCGAGAAGGGAGGCUUUUCUAUAUAUUCUUGACAAGAUGAGGAAGAAAGUAAUGAGCUGGUCGCACCGUAGUUUGUCUCAAGCGGGCAAAGAAAUUUUUGUUAAAGCGGUCCUCCAAGCCAUACCAACAUAUGCAAUGCAACUAUUCAAGCUUCCUAAAGGUCUAUGUAAUGAAAUGGAUCAGAUCAUGCGAGGAGUUUGGUGGGGUAAUUCAACGAAUGGCAAUUCUAGAUGCUGGUUAUCAUGGGCGAAACUUUGUGAGCCUAAGCAUGUUGGAGGUAUGGGAUUCCGUAAUUUUGACUCUUUUAAUGAUGCUUUAUUAGCCAAACAAGGUUGGAGGAUUAUUACUAAUCCGGAUUCUUUGUCUAGUCGUAUUCUUAAAGCAAAAUAUUUUCAGAAUAGUGAUUUCCUUCAUGUAGCUAAAGGGAGGAAUGCAUCCUAUGUUUGGUCAAGCUUGUUGGAUGCCCGAGCCAUGCUCCUAGAUGGAUUGAAGUGGAGAAUCGUUUUGGGGUUUCAAAGACUAGAUAAGGUGGAAACUCUAAUUGAUUGGAAUAGUGGAUGGUGGAACGUUGAACUUAUAAAGCAGGUGUUUGGUGAAGAAGAGGCACAACUAAUAUUGCAACAACCCAUGGGUUCACGCUUUAUAUCUGAUACGAUUUACUGGUCGGGAACGUCUAAUGGAGUUUAUUCUGUGAAGAGUGGGUACCAUAGAUCGAUGGAAAUUAAGAAUCGUGCCUUAGCUUCUACUUCUGUCCCAAUUAUUAAUGUUGAAAGCAAAGUAUGGAGGCUGGUUUGGUCACUAGUCGUACCUCCUUCAACUAAGAAUGCUGAUGAGACUUUACUCCAUGCUCUUUGGGAAUGUCCAGCUGUGAGUGAUGUUUUUUGUGCAAGUCUAAAGAAGUUGCAAAAACUUCAUAUGGCUCACCAUGGGAGUUUUGCCCAAUUUUGGAUGUACAUGUCCCAGAUACUUUCAAUUAGAGAACAAGGCAUCAUGGCUAUAACAAUGCGUAUGAUUUGGCUUAGACGUAAUCGAUUCAUUCAUGAAGGUGAUUUUAUGCAUCCUACUCAGGUUGCCCAACAUGGCAUUCUCACGGCCGAUGCUUAUGAGAAAGCCCAGGUGGAGACUAGUCUAUUGAGCACAACAACAGAUUCUGUGGUUUCUUCUCCGGCUUUAAAUAUUUGGAGAGGCCCAUCUUUUAAUUUUAUCAAAGUGAAUUGGGACGCUGCUGUUCACUCACAAUCUCAGUGUACUGGAUUUGGGGUUAUUCUUCGAGAUAUCUGUGGAGAUGUUAUGGCAUGUAGUACAAUGGUGAGGAGGAGUUUGAUUGAUCCUACUUUAGCGGAAGCCAUGGCUGCACUCUAUGCAGUUCAGCUUUCCUUAGAGCUAGGAUUCAGACAUAUUAUCUUAGAGGGAGAUUCCUCAGUUAUAGUUGCUGCAAUUAAAGGUGAGGAGCUCAACCUUACAAGUUGGCGUUCAGUUAUCCUGGAAAUUCGAAGAUUGCUACUGAAUUUUUCUGGAUGGUCGGUGUCUCUUGUGCGUCGUGAAGCUAAUGCUUCUGCACAUGCACUAGCCAAGAUUUCCUUCCAGUUUCACGAAGCGAGAGUAUGGAUAGAGGAGGCUCCAAGUUCAGUCAUGCAAGUUGUUAAUUCAGAUAAAAAUUCUUGGGAGAGUUGGCAGCAACAUGGUCACCAUGAGUACUGA